UCGGUGAGGGACGCUGCUGAUUCUGGUUUUAGGGAAUUUGAAGUUGGAUUUAUAAAGUUAAAGUUUUUAGACGGAUGAUUAACCGAAACGCUUAGGAUGUUUGCCGCUGCUUUUCGUGUCCUUAGUAACCUUUAGUGCUGGUGAGCCAUGUCAUGGCAGGAAGUUACCAGAAGCCGGUGGUAGUGUGUUAGUGCAAACAUUUUCGCCGGCCUGGGCUGUUCCUUUUGUCUGACAGGAGAGGCAGAGCGUGCUCUUUUGUUUGGGAUCUUUCUUUGUUUAACGGUUAAAUAUAGAUAGUGUUGUGGAGGUCGCCUUAAGUUGAACUGAUUUUGAAACAUGCAGUACAUGAAGAAGUAUUUCACAGAAGGUCUUAUUCAGUUUACGAUCCUACUUAGUUUGAUAGGUGUUCGCGUGGAUGUCGAUUCCUAUUUGAACGGCUACUUCUCGCCAUUAAUAGAGACUGACGGAGGACCAAGUUCAGCUUUUGUACAGACGCCGUUUCACCGUUAUCGGGACACCGCGGCUGGUCAUCAGGUGCAUCCCAAAUGUCCAGAGCUAGACUACUUCACGAGCCGCAGAUUGUUGAAUGAAGUUCGCGCUCUUGGAUCUCCGGCCCGCUUCCCCACGCGCCUGAGCGCGUGGCUACUGCAGCUGGAUGGAGCUGAGGAGAAUAACGGUAGCACAGACACCGACCAACUAAACCAAGAAAGCCUUGGAAACGAAGCUGACACUGGCCCCGAAGCAGCUUCCAAUCGAGCACAAGAGGAAGUUGUGAAAGAUGAGGAUGAAGAGAUCAGUCUUGAUUCACUGAACCAGCUCGUUCGCAGCUCCUCACUGGAGCAAGAGGGUGUGUUUAGUAGCAGUGCCCUGCCUCCCCCUCUGUCUGAACUUCAGCCUCGCUGGCAGGACCUCCUGGCAGACUUUGAUGAUUUUAACUCAUUGGUUCCACUGCACAUGUCAGAUCUGGAUGUGAACCUUGCAAAUCCCAUUAGCUACAAUGCCAGCCUUCAAGAUGCCAUGGUAACCAGUGGUGUGGAUUACACAUCAGCUCCAACCAGAGGUCGAGCACAGAUCACACCGGACCAUGGGGCAUCCCUCUUCAACCUAGAAUCAACUAACUUCUCCCACUCAGACACGCCUCCAGCAGCAGCUGGACUUCUGGCUUCACCUCUUUUCUACUUACCAGGCAAUAGGUCUCACAAUGACACCUCCCACUCUAGGGUUGGAGGUUAUCUGGAUGAGGCUGUGUUUGAGCAGAUCAGUCUGCUGGGUCUGGAGGGACUGAACAUGGAUUCUGAGCUGCUGAACAGAAUGGAAGGUGGAAUGCAUCCACCUUGGCUAGAGGAUGUUGACUCUGACUCAGGUCUGUCACUGGAGAGCAGGUCUCGAAGCCCAGCCUCUACGUUUGCCUCGUCCUCUGAUUCGUUUUGUGAAGAUGAGGGCGGAGCCACGGGCUAUAGCAGUGAAGUGGAGUCCAUCUCUAACAAGGGUGGGGGUUGUGCAUCAGAAUUCUACCACUGGUCACCAGUAGACUUCAGUGAGAACAUCUGGCAUGACCACACCUACUCAGUCCAGUUGCCUGAAGACCACACACCUUAUAGCUGGGCUCCGCCUCUCAAAGGUAUUAAAGAGGAAGUGAUGAGUGAGGAGGAAUCUGGACCUGAAGAGCUAAGCCGGGAUGAGCGCCGCCUGCAGGCAUUGGGCUUUCCCUUCUCUGCUCCCCAAAUUGUUAACAUGCCAGUAGAGGACUUCCUGGAGCUGCUGGAGGGGCGAGGUUUGUCUGUGUCUGAGAUCGCACUACUGCGGGAUGUGCGCAGGCGUGGGAAGAACAAGCUGGCUGCGCAGAACUGCCGCAAGAGAAAGCUGGAUGCCAUCCUGGGUUUACAGGGUGAGGUGGAGGGCCUUUUGGCUCAGCGCGAUGCCCUCUUGCGCGAGAGGGCCCAGACCAGCAAGGCCCUGUCCUCAGCAGCAGAUGGUUUGGAGGCGCUCUCGCGGGACGUACUGAGUCAGCUGAGGGAUGAGUACGGGCGGCCCCUGAGCCCGGAGCAGUACAUCAUCCACUGUGGCGCCAAUGGACGUGUGGCAGUCCGGCCUCGCACAAACACAAGAACAAACACAACUGAGGCCAAGAAUGCGAAGAGGAAGAAGGACAAAAAACACUGAGAGACAAUUUGUGUAUGCGUGUGUGCAUGCAUCCGUGCAUGUGUGUGGGGCCUGAAUAUGUGCAUUUCGAAAGGGCUACAAGGACUACUGAAUAUUCUUUCCUGAGGUUGGCUGUUGCUGAAUAUUUGUUUUCCUCUGAGUUGUUCUUGGCUUCACAGGAGAAUUGAAAGACUGUAAGUGAUUUUAACAUUACAGCAUAACGGUGCACUUCUCUACUGGAAAGAAAGUAGCAAAAACACUGGACAUGUAGAGCAUUGUCUCUGAGGUUAUUUAAAACAACAACAAAAAAAACGACUAUCCCUGUUUUGCUUUGUUUGAAAAAAGAAAUUAGUUAACAUGAAUUUCUUUAGAACUAUAAAAAACAAUAGUAAAAAUACUGAGAGGCAUAUGGUCACUGGUUGACAUUGCCAAAGCAUAAAAUAAAAUAAAUAUGGGUGGGUUUUUUGUUUUUUUUUUUGUUUUUUUUUGUUUUUAUAUAAAUAACUUAACUGCCCAUAGUCAUGGAUGACGACAUUUCAUUUAAUGUUUUUGUAAAUUAAUAAUAACUAUAUACUGCCCCUUACUUUGUAUGAAUCAGAGUGAAUCAUAUUGCAGGUACCUAUAACCAUAAUGGCACAAUUGCAUUUUGUAAUCUUGCUCUGCUCAAGUCAGUGUAAACAUGAAUAACACUUGUGUUACAGGCAUCACUGCACAAAUCACUUAUGCACUGAUGUAUACUUAUAAUUACUCUGCACCCAUUUACUUGGCUUGCAGUUCUUCUGUCCAGAUUAUACACAGACAUGACACUUACUUUUAUGCGGUCAUACUUUAAUUAUUCCACUUGCUGGUUUUUAUUUGGUUUUAUACACAAUUAACAUUUGCCAUUUUGGAAUAUUCAGUUGGCAUUUUACUGUACUGUGUUUUUACAAUGCUGCAUCUUUUGUGUUUUUGAUAUGUGUUGAUGUUUCAUGUGUAAUGCCACUAAUGUAUUGUAACAUUUUUUUGAAAAUACCUGACUCACCUGAAAGCAUCAGCAAAAUGCCUUGUCCCAAAUUAAUAGAAGCAAUUAGAGAUGUUUGCUAGGACUUUGUAAGCUCAUUGACUGUUGAGUUGUGUUGAUUUGUUCUACCUCAUAAUGACCACUAGGUCACCAAAGUUUAAAAAACAAAACAAAACAAAAAAAAAACAUGGAAAGGAAGAGGACCCCUCCUGCUUUUGUCAUGUAUGAGAACAAUUGGUUGUAUCACAUACAAAUUACCUUUUUUAAUGUAAGCCAAAAUCAUGUUUUACUUAACUUCUCUUUUUUUUAAUUAAUAAAGGAGGAACAAAUGGUU